CCUAGCGUGAACUCGUGAAAGGUGGAAAAAUUUCAUUGAAGCAUUUCACUAUUCGGCAACGAAAUUGUUUUGCCAAAACCAUGAAUUUUACUUCUCGAGGCACAAUAACGCCUUAAUAAUUUGCAUACAUCGGACUCGACGAAGCCGUCUCCUUGCCGUCCGAACGGAGAUAGCGAGUUCUCGAACGGGCGAUAUUUACCGAGAUCAAUAUCGAAAUACUCCGUAUAUAUACUCUGCCGUGAUUUCCGGGUAUCUGUAUCUGUCCGCCUGCAAUCGAGACCGAAAGAAGAGACGCGCAUCGAUUCCGAUGAAUAAUACCGGCGCAAGUCUAACUCCAACGGGCCAUGUUUUGCCGGUCGUAGCUAUGGCUACAGUUUGUCAGGGCUAAGGAAACGCCGUGUCGGGGACGUACACGGCUGUAGAGGCGACGCUCGACGCGAGUCUGCGAAUUCACGAGGCGACGUCGGGAACGAUCCUGGUCCGAAAUGAUAAGGAAUGAUAAGGACGACAGCGCUUGGGUGUUCGAUUCCUUGAUCGGAUUUUUGCAAGGUCCCAUCUGGUCGUCGCCCCUGCUGACCUUCAUCGAGGAGAAAUCCCUCGUUUUCGAGGCAAACACCGAAGACUCCGAAGACUAUCGGAAGAUAUAUCAGGAGUACAAAAACUUGGUCGACUUGCUGCUCGGCUGCUUUAUGGAAGACAUGGGUAUCACACCGGAACAAUUCGAACACGCGUGCACCGUUAACAGAGAUACAAAGAUCCCGAUACAUUUUCAACAAAAUCUAUUCGAACAAAUAUGGGCGGCGAAUGAGUACGAGAUAUUCAAAAGGAUGAUGAUACAAAAGAACUUGGAGCUCCAGCUGCAGGCGCUAAAUAUGAUCGAACAAAAAUACGGUCUCACACCUGCCUCCCUCGUGUACGAGACGGACGGCAUUCUCGACGACGAACUGGUCAUGGAGGAUUUGAUAAACAAACGUGUUCUGGAAGACCAGAGCGAGGAGGAGCCGGGUAUGGCCUCGGAAACGACGUUGAUUGCUGAACACGAGCGUUUAGCUGCCGAAUAUCACAAUGAAAGGGCGCUAUUGGAGGAAGCGUUAAGAAAGUCGAAAGACGGGUCCCGGAAUACCUCGGACGACGAGUCAGUGGAAGAUGUCGAGUGUGCCGGCGUGUCUGCCGCGAAAGAGCCGUUAGACAAACUUCAGCUCAGGAAGACGGAGCCUCUCAAACCAAUACUGAUCUCAAAAAAGAAAUCUGACGAAGAUGAGACGAAUGCAGAGGAUAUUAAAAAGAGACAAGAAUACCUGAAAGCCAGGCGAGAUAAACUUGUAGCUUUGAAAAAGGAAGCUAGGAGUCACCAGUUAGAAAUGAACAAAGCUCGGCCGAGUUCGGCUAUAGUAGUUGCUGAGGCGACUAUGAAGGGCCAGCAGGAACUAGAAGCAGCGCAAGCUGUAGAUCCUUCAAUACUUCAAGUACGAAGGGCUCUUGCAGCCCGACUGAAAGCUGAAGUUGUGCAUAAGUAAUUUUAAUUUCUCAUUGUUACAUGUAUAUAUAAAAUAUAUAUUAGUUUCUCAUAAUUAAUUUGUAGUAGUCUCAAACUCGCAAUUCCAGUAUAAGUGCUUCACACAAAAGACUAAAUGAUUGUGAUAUCUAGAAAAGUAGUACAUGCAAGAUUAUAUUUAGACAUUGUGCGUCAGAUAUAAUUUGUGAGAAAUGUGCGAAAAUCUACGAGUUGUUUUUAUAUUUUUACGUCUUGUUUUAAGGAUAUUUUUAUUCCUAAGUAAUAGUUUCGUAAAAGAUAGAUAAAGCAAAACACAUCAAAUAUCUGCAAGUAUACAGCCAUAUGCCAUUUUAUCUUAUCAAAAGUCUGAUUUUAAGCAAACCUACGUUUAAUAAAAAAAGAAAGAAAGAAGAAUACUGCAUUUUAAAGUUUGUUUUUCUCAAUACUACUAGAAGUAAGAAUAUGUUUAUAUAAGUAUAAAUUAUUCAAUAAUGAGCAUUUAAAGUGCACAUUUAUAUAAAUAUAAAUAUAUGAAAAAACAAAAUAAUAUUUGAAGAUCUACAAUUAUUUCACAUAUUAAUUAGAUUAAAUCAUGAGGUAAUGAUCCAGCACGCUGUUAUGUUCAACAGGAACUCAAAGUAGAUGUUAAGGUAGAUUAGCUUCGCUAACAAGUAUUCGUCUAAUUUUAAAUUUUAUUUAAUUAAAUACUCUUCGCACUUCUACAACACACUGUAUUUGUAUAACACACACUUAUCAUUCUCACUUUUUUGCAGUCUACUUUCUAACAAAUGAAAUGGAUUCAUAGCAUAAUACCAGCAAUAAGUACGCUAUAUGUAUAAAUAUCUAACUUUUCUCAUCAUUAUUUAAUUAGAUACUAACGUAUAUUUCUCUGUAGAGUAACAGAAAUCAAUGUCUAUCUGCAGCAUGCAAAAUAAAUUCUUUCUAUCAUGUAAUAUGUAUAUAAAUGUCAUGGAUAUAUAUAUUUGUUCUAACUAUAAUUAGAAUUUUAUAAUUUCAAAUUAAAUUCAAUUAUCUCUUCUUCUCUGUCGCUGCAGAUAUCAAUGUGUACUUAUAUACUACAACAAUUAAUAUUAGAAACGAACCGUUCAUUAUAAUCAAGAGUUACAAUUUGAUGUUAAAAUAUUCGGCAAAGAAUUUGUGAAAGUUAAACAACUUUCUCUACAAUAGUUGCGUGUUUUGUGCUAUGAAUCCUGCAUUUAGAUAUCACUUUUGUUGCCUGAUUGUUUCUUUCAUUCUUCAGUAGAAUAAAAUGCAAAAUAUCCCUUUUCAAUUACAAUUCAUUCACUUAUUACCGUAACACACACAGAAUUGUAUAUCUUAUACUUGCUCUUAAUUCACAAAAUUCUCGAAUAGUUUUUCAUAUAAAAAGAUUUCUUUUUCUGCGUAUAUAUAUAUUCUCAAAGAAAAAGCUUAUCUUGUUUUAUUAUAUAAUUAAAACGCAUGCUAGUAUUAGCAUGUGAUAUUGUACAAUGUGUGCACGUCUCGACAUAUUUUCUUCCUUUAAUAUUAUAUCGAUGUGACGGUUGAAAAAUGUAUAUUUGCGAUCUCGGCGACGGUUUUUGUUGAGGCAGAAUGUUUUACGACUGUCAUAUCAUAUUCAAAAAAGCUAUAUUAUAUAAUAAUAUACCAUAAUAAAUAUGAAAUAUUAUAUAAUAGAAGACAUGAUAAAACGCGCCAACAUCUUCAGAGCAGCCAAUAAUUAUCAGAUUAUAACGAUCUUGUACUUGUAAAGUUACUUGAAUUGGAGAUUCUAUUUCAUUCAUAUUAAAAGUAUAUCUUUGUUCUACACAUAAGAAUUCGUAAUGAUAGGAAAAUAUGUUCCAGCUCAUUAUGUUUCUUCAAAAUUGUAAAAUUUAAUGUGACGUUAUCAAAUAUUAAUAUAAAAAUGAAAAUAAAAAUGUAGCUUGCAAAUAAUAAUCAAGUAUAUCAUUGACGACAAAAUGUACGAUAAGAGCGUAACACACUCUGUACAGAUGUAAAUAUAUCAAAUUUCUCAAUUUAAA